UAAAAGCACAUAAAAUUUCUCAUCAGAUACGCAUUAGGCCAAAUAAUGCGACUAGAUGGGUCUGUGCUAGCUCAACUAAAUAUAACAAGAGUGAGAGUAGAAGAUGGAGGACUUUAUUCCUGUACAGCUCACGAGGGGGAUAAUGUAGCUGUCCAUGAGAACAGGCUUGAUGUUUAUGGACCUCCAUAUAUAAGAGCAUUGCCACCAAUAAAAGUUCAAAGUGGAGAACCACUUAAUCUAAGAUGCCCAUACUAUGGAUAUCCAAUAAGCAAAAUAGACUGGGAGUUCACCGGCAAAAAAAUUACAUCAAACACGCUAUUCCCAAAUCGUUACAAACGGACAAACAUACAAAAACGCAGCGCUACCAACAUACACGGUACACUAUCUAUACCGGAAGUGACGAAACAACAAAAUGGCGCUAAAUACACUUGCAUAGUAACAAGUCCUUCCGGUGAAAUGGCUAGACGUGAUUUUGAAGUUAAAGUUAUAGAAGCGCCAAUUUUAGAUGAUCUGUUAUUAGGAAAUAAUUUACAAGAAGGACAGGUUGCUAAUAUAUAUUGUAAUGUUAGAACUGGAGAUUUGCCGAUUCAUUUUGAAUGGUUAAAAGAUGGAAAACGGAUACCUAGUAAUUUGAAGGUGGUAGAACGUAGUUCAGAAUUAUUCAGUGCUCUAGUAAUCAAAAGUGUUGCAUUAGAACAUUGUGGCACUUACACUUGCGUUGCUACCAAUCACGUCGCUACUGUUAAUAAAUCCACUGAAUUGUAUAUUAAAGUGGCACCAAAAUGGCAUACAGAGCCCACAAACUCAUCCGUAGUGCUCGGUCGGUCUGGUUACGUAUCGUGUAGUGCGACCGGCUACCCUGCUCCACAAGUGCAUUGGAUGAAGAAGGAUGCAAUUCUAGGAACCUGGCAGCCAGUACUAGAAUUGGCUGGUGGUGGGAUACUAAGUCUAGCAAAUGGGACACUUGUUAUAGAUGAAGUGUCGCUUUCUGAUGAAGGGCUAUAUUCUUGUAAUAUUGAAAAUGGCGUCGGAUCUCCGUUGAGCAAGACUAUCUGGAUCACUGUAAAUAAACCAGUCCACUUCGCCUCAUCCUCCCCCAACAUGACGUCACGCGCGGGGCUCCCCCUAGCACUAGAGUGUAACGCGCGUGGCGACCCGCCCGUUAGAGUUGUGUGGGCGCAUGACGGGAGGGGACUGGACUUGCAUGGACAUAGAUUCAAAAUAUCAGAAACGAAAACCACAUACGGUCUAACAAGUACGGUCAACAUAAAUUAUGCUGAGCCACGCGACUCUGGAGCUUACCAAUGUACAGCUAGCAACCCGUAUGGUUCUGCUACUUAUAACCUGUAUAUUGAUGUGUUAGAACCCCCCUCCCCACCAACUGAACUCAGAUUAGAGACAGUGCUGACUCGCAGCGCAACACUGUCCUGGCGGGCCAGCACCGCGCUGUGCUCGCUGCAGUACACAACCAACCGCGGGCCUGUGAGGUGGGAUGCUGCGACUGGCAUCAAUGUCACUUGCAAGGAGAACCAUCGCCAAGCGUUCGAUUUAGUCGAUCUUCACCCGUCUACACCAUACAUAGUACGAAUCUCUGCGCUCAACGCAGUAGCGGCCAGCCCGCAUACUGACCCGCUGCACUUUACUACGUUGGAAGAAGCGCCAUCCUCUCCCCCCACACAAGUGCUAGUCUCUCAAACGGACACGCCGGGCGAGCUGUUCGUGACGUGGGCACAGACAGACACACAAACACACGGACAUAUAGCCGGGUAUCAUGUUAAGGCUGUGCCACAGAUUCCUGGAUUGGACGAAUCGAAAACAAGAAUGGUAAAAGUGUCGCCGCAAACUGGAAAGCAAGGAACAACUUUGAGUGGGCUGUUAAAAAAUACCAGAUAUGCAGUAUCAGUAGCGGCUUUUAACAGCGCUGGUUCGGGGCCGUUUUCUGCGCCUGUAUCACAAGAGACUAGAGCUGGAGCCCCAGAAGUAUCUCCAACUUCAGUAGAAUGUACUGCAGUAGCAGCUACUUCACUGCGAGUUGGCUGGCAACCGAUACUCGGUGCUACUGAGAUACUGGGCUACUCUGUGCUGUUUGCUACUGAAGAUAGCCCCUGGAAAAACCAAACAUCCCUACACACAGAAUUAUAUCUCCAAAAUCUGAUGAAGUACACAAACUACACAAUCAAAGUCGCAGCUUACUCCAGUUAUGGUCCUGGACCAUUUUCCUAUCCUAUUGUUUGUACUACGCUAGAAGAUGUACCAGGACCACCAGCAGAUAUAAAAGUAUUAGUGUUAUCGUCUUCAUCACUUCUAAUUAGUUGGAAACCUCCAGAUCAGCCCAAUGGAGAGAUACUAUAUUAUACUGUGUAUGUUAAACCUAUUGGAUUAAGUGGCGGUGUAACGCUAUCCCAACGCGCGGAAGGUUCCCGCACUUGGGCAGAAGCCCGCGGCCUCCCGCCCGCACCGCACGAGGCUUGGGUUGUUGCGCAUACUAGAGCUGGGGCGGGACGACCGUCUAAAAGGCUUACGCAAACUCCGUCGCAUAGAGUGGUAGCCGGAGUAUCAUCUCUCGGUGGACCAAUAUCUACCGGCGCCGGUGCGUCCCUCCUGUUGCGGUGCGCGUGUGUGGGCUCGCCCGCCGCGCGCACCGUGUGGUACCACAACCACAACAUCAUCACGCACCAUCCCAGGUUCACCAGGAACCAUGACGAUAGCCUGCUCAUUAAUAACAUUGACCAAUCACUCAGCGGUAACUACACUUGCUUAGCAAAGAACCUCUACGGUUCAGACUCGGUAGAGUACACAGUGACUGUACUACCUUUACCCGACCCACCAAUAAUACGAGCUACACCCUACAAGGACUCCAUUUUAAUCGAAUGGGAACAACCGUAUUACUCUAUGAAUCGGACGACGAAUCAGAAAAUAAAAUAUAGUUUAACAUGGAAAGAAGCGAACGGUCCAUGGCAAGACUCUUGGUCACCUGACGCAUCACCUAACUUAGACUUAUUAAGUGACUUGUCACCAACCAGACCUGGUGUUAACAAGUAUUUGCUAACGGGGCUUAAAUGUGGCACUAAAUAUUCCAUACGGAUCAUCGCUUCUAGCAAAAUUGGGACUUCACAACCUGCGUAUUUGGAAACUAGCACUUUGGGUGGAGCGCCCAUCCCCCCCGCAUCCCCCUCAAACGUGUGGAGCAACCGUUCCCACAUCGCUGUGAGUGCAGCCGGCUGGCGUCGCGCGGGAUGCGAACCCGCGACCCUCGCGUUACAUUACCGACCGCUUGGGGCUUCGCGAUGGGUGCCUGUUGAUGAUGUGCCGUGGGACGGCAGUUGGCUAGUGGCGGGCGGUCUGUCGGCCGGCACGCGCUACGAGCUGCGCGUGUCCGCCGCGGGACAUGCUGCUACUUACACAUACGCUACUAAGGGGGAGGACGGACGUGAAAUCAGUCCACUAUCAGACAUGUUCGAUCUCAACAUGCUCGUCAUUGUGCUGAGUUCAAUCUUACUCGUGGUUUGUCUCGUGUGCUGCGUGUAUAUAUUGAUGAAGAGACACAGAACAAACACGUUCACGGAAUACAGAGACUCCAUUACCAUAGAUAAGUCAGAAAGCGGCAACACUAGCGCUUCACAAAAUAACCUCGCGAAGGAAAACAGGAUCUAUAGCACGCCCAUACCUGUGAGGAAUAAUAGUAAACAUGAGCUGUACGAAAUAAGUCCAUACGCACAGUUCGCGGUCGGUUUCCGAACGUUCGGUCACGUCGAUAACCAAGAUGUUCCCAACACGCAUAGAAAACAUCGAUAUGAUUCUGAAACAAGUUUCCAAAUGUGCUCGGAAUCUGAAGACAGCGACACAAUAUCGAAAAAUACUCUCAAAAGCAUUCACAGGAGCAAAUGUCCAAAAGAAGUUUGCCGAACUCCACAUUAUAGAUAGCCAGUAAACUACAAUAAAAUUAAAUUGGACCAUAAAACGACGUCUGAGAGAA